AUGGCACUCACUUUCCUGAAGCGAACCAUGAAUUCAUUGUGUGCAGUUCUUGGGAUCGGAAAUUCUUCCUCUAUUCACAAGGUUGCACCAGGGACUGACAUACUCUCCAUUGCACCCAAUCUCUCUCUCCAGAAAGCUUGCACCUGGGACGAAGCCUUCAAUUCUAAUUUCUCAACAACUCCUCUUGAAGACAUCUUCAAGGACAAGAAAGUUGUCAUCUUUGGAAUCCUGGGUGCAUUCACCGGAAUUUGUUCAGAUGAGCAUGUUCCAAAUUACAAGAAUAAUAUUGACAAAUUUAAGGAAAAGGGGAUCGAUUCUGUUAUUUGUGUUGCUAUUAAUGAUCCAUAUACUAUGAAUGAGUGGGCAGAGAAGCUUCAAGCCAAAGAUGCUAUUGAGUUUUAUGGGGACUUCAAUGGGAGAUUUCACAAAAGCUUGAAAUUAGUUACUGAUCUCUCUCAUGCUUUGCUUGGAACUCGAUCUGAAAGAUAUUCAGCAUAUGUGGUAGAUGGAAAGAUUAAGGCUCUUCAUGUCGAAAGAGAUCCAACUGUUGUCACGGUUUCUGAUGCGCAGACCAUUUUGAAAGAGAUUAUUUGA